UAAAUGCAACUUCGUCGAAAGAGUUGUCAAACAAAGAACUGUCGGUUCAUGGAGCGUUUUCUAGUCAGGGUAAACAUGAAGGAUUUCAAGAACCUGGUUGUCUGAAACAUAAAGAGAACAUGGAACACAUGGCAAACGCAGUAAUCGAUUGUUUGAAGGGAGCAAAUUUUGGAGGACGGUGCCUUGACGUAUAUCGUGGUCCACGCGAAGAUCAGUGGGUUUUUAAUGACGAGAAAAAACUGAAGGAUUUUUUAUCAUUUACUGAAUAUAAUAAGGAAGUAUCAGGAAUGUCAUAUGAAGUACAGGAAACGCCGUUAUUAAGGUCUUUAGAAGCUGUUUGGAACAUCGACGAAAAGUUUAGAGGAAACUACUGGGAUGACUAUGCCGCACUCUAUGGUGAAGACAAGAAAACAGUUUACCGUGACAAAUGUACAACAAUUGUCUUUGGACAGGGUGCAAAUGAGAGUGGGUAUGAACACAAAGGAAUACAUCGACAGUCCAUUCCCGAUUAUAUUCGCUGGCUGUCUACCAAUGGAGAGUUGCAUUACCUUCCUUACAAUUUAAGGUCGACUUUUCCAGUUGGUGUGCGGGAUUCUGUUGCAGGAUGCUUUAUGCCAAGUAACUGCAUAUAUCUAGCUUAUAUGUUGAUGACCAAGCCGACGGGGAGAUUGUUGAAAACGAUUGCUUUAUUGGCAUGGGUACCAGAAGAUGACGUGGUAAAAUAUGUUGAUAACAAAGAUAAGCAGCUUCAUGAAAAUAAAAGCCACGGAUUUCAGCGACUGAAAUGGAAACAACAUGAGCUUUAUAAAAAGAAGAAAGACGACUUAGUAAAAAUGAACAACAUGAGCUUUAUAAAAAGAAGAAAGACGACUUAGUAAAAAUGUGCUCUGAGAAAAAAAUAGUUGAAACCAACAGAAAGAAAUAUGAACCUGUGGAAAGAUUAGCUUUGGCAGACGGAGAAAAACCACCACCAGAAAUUGACCAUUAUAAUGGUACGAAACCACUCCCGAAAACGACAAAAGAAAUUGCAAAUUUCUCCGCGUGCUACCUUCAGUCAGUAUUAAAGUGGCACUGCAUGGCUUCAUGUGGCACCAAAGAGGAACUAAUCUUACGAACAACGCUCAUUGCCAAUAACAGGAAAUAUUUGUGUUUCAACAGAGAAAGGAAAAUGUUCUUAGACAUGAUUUCGAUGGCACAAUCACUUCUUUUCGAAGAGAAAAGACAAAGUUUGUUACCUGGAUAUGCCCCAAUCUACAGUCGCAGGAAUUACCAAAUACCAACGAGUACAACUAUCUCGUCAGAUCGGCCAAGGUAUAACGCAUCCGCGCAAACACAGUGGUCUGGAAAAUCGCGUGUAGAUGUACCGGAAGAUAUCUCAUUGGUUGAAACAUUAAUCGAACUGUUUCAUGAUCUUCAAAGCCACAUCCAACAAUCAAGAUCUGAAAUGGAAACUCAGACUGUCAAUAAUGAACAAAGAGGUACAUGUAACAGUAACGAAGAAGCAUUCUUGAAAGAAGGGGUUAGGGUGAGUAGAAAAAAUUCUUAUAUGAUAGCUAGGAGAACGUUUUUGUGACUAAAGCUGGUCUUUCAAAACCAUUUUAUUUUGAUAAAAAGUCAGUUGUAUUCCAUUGCAAAUGUAGUGCAAUAAAUCUCUACUACUUUACAAUGACCACUAAUGUUCUAAGCCUUUAAGUUAAGAUAUACUGGAGUGAAGAAGAUGUAGAAGAAUCUGGCUGGUACCAGGGGCAGUGCAUGGCGGUGGUAAAAAAAGUUAUCAGUUAUGCCGAAGCAAAAGGGACCUAUGUUGUAGAACAAUUGGAAUGCUACGAAGUUAACGUGAAACAGCUUUUGAAUGAGAAGUUGUUGACGCUAUAUGAUGGAAAUGAACUUGAACAAUUUCAUGAAAUAGGAAGCUACAAUUAA